CACAAAAAUUAGUCCUCAUUCCGAUCCUUGCCUUGUUUUGCCAUGAAUCUGUGCAAGAGAGGCUGGGAACGAGCCAUGCUGCCUACGGUUUUUAUACAAGAGGGGGGCAGCAGUAGUUGCAGGUGCAUUUUGAAGGCCCCUGCACGAAAAAGGAGUGAUAGGGGUGAUCGAUUCUCGAUCAUGCUCUUGUCUGGUACUUUGGCAGCCAGAUGCGUUAGCCGUGUAAGUGUUUGUGCAGGGUAUGGUGGCGCUCAUGCCACGCGUGGAAGAGCCGACCGUGCUCAGUUUCGAGGACGAAGACGAGAGUCACCAUAUCGAUCUGACCGUCCUGACGAGCAGGAGCGGUUUAGAGGAUCAUAUCGACCCGACGAGCAGCGGUUUCGAGGACGAAGACGAGAGUCAUAUCGACCAGACCGUCCUGAGGAGCAGGAGCGGCAGAGAGACUCGGUGGAGGUGCCAGAUGGUUGGGGCUGGCGGGAAGAUGGCUUAAAGGAGCCGUGGAACGCGCCCUGGUACAAGAAGAUGAUGUCACGUGGUCAAGUUCCUUUGGUUGGCAUGGAGAGUGAGCUCAAAACCUUAGACCGGAAGCUCAUCCAAGACUUUGCAGAUGCAUUGGACCAAGGAAAGGUGGAGGUACUGGAGCAGUCCAAUAUUUCAGCUGCAAGAAGUCGAUACCAGGUGAGCCAUCCAUCUGAACUCGGGCGCAUCGAGCGAAAGCUUUGGAAAAGCCUGCCUGCGGAGGAGAGGCCGACGCUGUUUCCACACUUCCGGAAGGCCUAUGAUUGGGAUGCACAGGAGCAAAAGAAGGGCCAAGCACCAGAGCACUUCUUCUCCCAGAAGCAAUGGAAUGAGGUUGCCGAAAUUACCGAAGAGGUUGCUGAACUCGCCAAGAGCAUGCAGUUGCCGCGGCCUUCCAGGAUCCAAUUCUUGAGCUUUCAGGAGAUCGCCAAGGGUGAAUGCUGUGUAGUGGCUGAUCAGUCAGGUUCAGGUAAGACCUUAGCCUAUUUGCUUCCACUGCUCCAGCGCUAUGUCCUCUCGGCCGAUCCCGCAGAUCGACGUCUCAAGGUCAUCAUCGUGGCGCCCACCUCGGACCUGGUGCACCAGAUCGCCGAGGUCGCACAGGUGGCCUCCUCACGAAGCGAACGAGGCUUCCAGGUGACCAGCGUGGUCGGGGGAGGAGGCGAGAAUGCUCGGAGACAACGGAGGCAGCUGCAGAAUGGUACUGAAGUGCUGGUGGCAACGCCGGGUCGUUUGAAGUUCUUCAUGGAGGAGGACUACGUAGUACCAAAAGACACCUGGCAAAGCUGCAAAGCAGUUGUGAUCGAUGAGGUCGAUGCUUUGGUGGAGGAAGGGAACUUGAAGAUCCUGGAGCUGAAAGCUCAACUCCGAGCCCAGCUACAGUGGGUCUUUGUAACUGCCACGGUCUCGGAGGUGGCACAGAUGGAGAUCCAAGCCUUAGAAGCGCAAUUGCAGGUUGAAGCACAAGACCUUGCGCACCGAACUCGGAGGAUCCUUUGGACCAAAGGUCCUGGUUUGCACCGGGUCCCUGUGAAUUGUGAGCAUGUUCUCGUUGAUUGCACCCCCUUGAACCUCUAUGAGGUGGAGCCCGAGAAGCGUUUGAGCCUGGUGAUGAAGCACAAGAUUCAAGCCUUGGUCUGGCAUUUGAAACGAGGUGUCAUGAGAGACGAAGAGGACAAUCGAGUGAUUGUUUUUUGCAACACCAUUGAGAACUGCAGCCGUGUGCACCAAGCACUAGAGGAGGUCAAUCCGGAUGACCCGCGGAGUGGCAGCAAGCUAUGGAAAUUGCUCGUGUUGCAUGGCCUUCGGGACAAGAAGGAGUACGAGGCGAACAUGGCCUUGUUCAGUACAGAGAAGGUCCCUUCCGUAGAUUUCUUCAAGCGGCGCAUCAUGAUUUGCACAGACCGACUUUCUCGCGGCAUGGACUUCAACAGCCAUACUGUGAAGUGGGUGGUGCUGAUGGAUUGGCCGCGCGAUGCGAGGGAGUACAUUCGGCGAGUGGGCCGCACAGCACGUGCCGGUGAGGGAGGCAGCAUUUUGACUCUCUUAUGUGGAAACAAGGAGGCAGCCAUGGGGAAACAGAUCGCUGCUGCAGCCAUUCGCAGCCUUCGCCUCACCACCUCUGCCGACACUGAGAAGACUCGCUGUUUGGAGCGUUUUGACCCCACCGCAGUGGACUGGCGCUCUCCGAAGGCUGCUGCCCGAAAGCCUUUGUGGAAGCCUCAACAAGAGAUUGACCGUGAAGCGGCUGAAGAGCAAGCUGAGGAUCAGCGAGAGCUUUCAGAACAAGAGCUUCGAGAGCUUUUUGAAGAGGCUGACAUGGGCCCGAUGGGAGUCGAUCUAUGGGAAGAUGAAGAAGAAGAGAUGCGGGCUGCAGACAAAGGAUGGUCUCCAUGGCAGUCUGAGGGCAUGGCUGAUGAGGAUGACGAAAAUCUUUGGGAUGACAACCCGUUUGACGAGAAUAGAAUUGGCAUCAGUUUGAACGAUUGACAGUGCAGAGGCAGACAAAA